CUGAAUUUCAGUGACAAUGUACGAAUCUUAAAAUAAUUUAAACUUCAGCAGUACUUACCGUGGAGAGUAGAAUAAGGAAUAAGAUGCGGCUGUCAGCAGUGGUCGAGUUGUUGCUGAUUUUCCUCCUGAUCGCGUUCGCAGCAUACGGUCGAGUGAUCGAGCGAAACGAACAAGUGGUAGAGCGAGCGAUCGGGAAAGUGAAUGGAUCGAAGCAAAGUCACCUUGGAGUGUCGACACUGUCAUUGAAACAGGCGACGGACAAUGUCAAUAGAUACUGCACUUGCAACGAAAACAUCUGCAAUUGUUGCAGAGACUUCCACAUACCGUUGGUGCAAUUACAGGGACCAGGAUGCGCAUCCUUGCAAUAUCUGCAAGGAGACAAUUUGGCGGUUCAGCUCAGUUUUGGGGACAACAUUUUAACCAGUACCAUUGUUAACGGAAAGAGCCCGAAGCCCGUAUGCGUCCCCUUACCAGGAGGCUUCACGAAAUUCUGUGGUAGAAUCUACUCCAUCAAACGUGACGCUAAGGAUCACUUCAAAGCGUGCCUCGGCCUAGAAUUACAGUCAUCGACCGAAAUCGAGGCUAGCCUACGAGUUAGCUGCUUCAGAUUUGGUCCUGACGGUCUCAAGCUGCGUCCAGCGGAGCCACUUCCGGUCAUCGAAGCGGAGGUGCCUGAGGAAGAGGACGACGACGACUUUUUCGGUUUAGGAUCAGACGACGAUGACGAAGACGAUGCUGAGGAGGACUCACCGUUAGCGAACUCCGUGCCGAACUCUUCGGCGGAAGAAGACGAUGAGGAGGAGGAAGAUGAGGAUAUUCUGGGAUUUGGAGCUUUGCUGGAUAUCAUAACAGGCGAGGAGGAAAGCACGACGAAGAAGCCUAAGGUCACCACAGCCGCGCCUUUGCUGCAGUUUACUAUUCCUCUCCUGACGAAACCGACGUCUGCACCUGUGGUCCCCAUAGUCGAAGAGGGUGGCGAAUUUUCCGAAGAACAGAACGAGACUCCGCUACUGAGCGUGGAAGAGAGCAACACGGAGGAAGAAAUCGAAUCGGUUACAGAGGUAGCCAGCGAGGAAAUCAUCUCGGAGUCCUCCAACAAGGUCAUCUCCGUCGCGAAACCGGAAAAGGUUCCUACAAAGAAGGUCACAUCUCCGGAAACGAUCAAGAAGAAGCCAACGAUCACCAGCAGCAGCAUCAACGCGAUUCAGAGCGACAACAGCGAGAAGAAGCCGCAGAAAGCGAAGCCCGUAAAGGACGAAGAAGAUGAGGAUCUGUUAGACGAUGAUCUGGACGACGAUGACGACGAGGAUGAAGAGCUUUUAAACGAUGACGAGGACGAGAAGGACAGCGAGGAGGAUGACGAGAAGGUUGAAGAGGCUGAACACGAGGACGAAGACGAGAAAUCCGAAGUCGAAGAAUUGGACGACGAUGACGACGAAGAGGACGCUGUGAUCAGCGCGCUCGUGUACGACGAGAAGGAAGACGGGAAGAAGAAGGGCAAAGUGAAGAAUCCACAGACUUCGGAAGCGGAGGACGACGAUUUGGAUUAUGGACUGGGUCUUUCUGGUCUUCUUGCCAGGCACUCGAAAAGCAGCCGUCAAAGCAAAGUGAUGAGGCUUUGAAUUUUGAGACAGUCCCAUGCUAAUUGUAGAAUGAACGAGGUCUUUUCAUUGUUCGAGGCUUUCUUUAACAUUGUCGAACACGUUGGUCAAUAGACCGAAUCAUGGAGACUGAUUUUUUCUUUCGUUUUGGUAUUUGACACGUUUGAAUUUCGAGGAAAAUUUGGGGGAGAUUUUCAGAUACGCAGAUUAAGUCCAUUUGUCCAUAAAGUAUGACACUGACAAUGAACGUGUUAGAUAUCAAAAUAAGAGGACCAUUCGAGUUGAAAAUACGAGUAACCAUAGGUUGCUACCUUAAGCCAUAUGAAAUUGCUCGAAUCGCAUUUAUUUAUUUGUACCUAUUUAAUUAAUUUAUUGA